AUGAAUAAUCUUUUAAUGAACUACGUUCUUGCUCCACUCAUGCACACUUAUAUCCUUUUUUACAUUCCUAUAUAUUGUGGCCGGGAAUUGAACCUGCGUUAUCUAGGGGUGGUCUCCGAGAUUAGCUCCGGCAGCGCCGCGCGCUGCAGGAGCUUAUCUCGCAGGCCACGCUCCAGCGACGGCAAGCCAACGAAGAAACCGAAACCAACCAAACCUGAGGGUAAUGGCAAGCCAACAAAGAAGCCAAAGCCAACCAAGGCUCCGGGCAAAACAAAGAAACCAAAACCAACCAAGCCCCCGGGAGGAACCACGGCACCGGUUUGUUUCACGCGUCCAACAGGUGCGACGACUAAAGUGCCUACCAGUGCCUCUACCGGAAGUACUAGUAGUCCAACUUCUAGUCCUACUUCCAGCCCUAUAUACAGUACCACAUCGAGCCCCACUUCUAGUCCUACUUCCAGCCCUACAUCCAGUCCCACAUCCAGCCCCAAUUCUAGUCCUACUUCCAGCCUUACAUCCAGUCCUACUUCUAGCCCAACCGCCAGCCCUACUUCUAGCUCUUCUGCUAGUACAACGGACGAUUCUGACUGUGGCUGUAAUACUACGGAAACUACCGCCAGCUCUAGUACUGCUUCAACAUCCAGCCCUACAUCAAGCCCCACUUCUAGCCCUACUUCUAGCCCUACAUCGAGCCCCACUUCUAGCCCCACUUCCAGCCCUACUUCUAGCCCUAUAUCAAGCUCUACUUCUAGCCCGACAUCCAGCCCCACUUCUAGUCCUACUUCUGGCCCAACCGCCAGCCCUACUUCUAGCUCUUCUGCUAGUACAACGGACGAUUCUGACUGUGGCUGUGAUACUAUGGAAACUACCGCCAGCUCUAGUACUGCUUCAACAUCCAGCCCUACAUCAAGCCCCACUUCUAGCCCUACUUCUAGCCCUACAUCGAGCCCCACUUCUAGCCCCACUUCCAGCCCUACUUCUAGCCCUACAUCAAGCUCUACUUCUGGCCCGACAUCCAGCCCCACUUCUAGUCCUACUUCUAGUUCCACUUCCAGCCCCACUUCCAGCCCUACUUCUAGCCCUACAUCAAGUUCCACUUCGAGCCCAACUUCUAGUUCUACAUCAAGCCCCACUUCUACUCCCACUUCCAGCCCUACUUCUAGCUCUACAUCAAGUCCCACUUCGAGCUCUACUUCUAGCUCUACAUCCAGCCCCACUUCUACUCCCACUUCCAGCCUUACUUCUAGCUCUACAUCAAGUCCCACUUCGAGCUCUACUUCUAGCUCUACAUCCAGCCCCACUUCUAGCACUUCUGUGAGUACAACAGACCAUACAGACUGCGGCUGUAACAAUACGGACACUACUGCCAGCUCUAGUACAGCUUCAACAUCCAGCCCAACAUCCAGCCCGACAUCCAGCUCAACAUCCAGCUCCACAGCAAGCUCAACAUCCAGUCCAACAUCAAGCCCUACAUCAAGUCCGACCUCAAGUACGACAUCCAGCCCGACAUCCAGCUCAACAUUCAGCUCCACAGCAAGCUCAACAUCCAGUCCAACGUCGAGUCCAACAUCCAGCUCGACAUCCAGCUCAACAUCUAGCUCCACAGCAAGUUCAACAUCCAGCCCAACGUCAAGUCCGACAUCAAGCCCGACAUCUAGUUCGACAUCUAGUUCGACAUCUAGUACUACAUCAAGCCCGACAUCAAGCCCAACGUCAAGUCCCACAUCAAGCCCGUCUUCCAGCUCAACUUCCAGUACAACCGUUCCUUCAACAAUCCCGCAGACAAGAUCAACAAGACCUACCAAGAAGCCACCCCAUUGGCCACCGAGAGGUUCCUGUAUUAGAGCCAAUAUACCGGACAUUCUCGGCAUUGGAAAGUGCCUCGGAUCUGAUUUGUACUUGUGCAAGAAAGGAGAGUGCACAAUAAGCGGCUUCUUCUACCGGUGGAGUCCGUACCAGGCACUUUUGAUCAGCGAGGAGCUUUUCUUGGCUCUGCUCAACAAAGUGCUACCAUUCGAACCAGAACCUCCUUUUGACCCCUGGUCCACGGCCUCGCAGUAUUCAAAACCAAGGAAGGACAACGAGAUAUGCAACGGGACAAUCUCGCUCGGUUUCCCUAACAGCCUAGGAAGGUGUUUCGACGAUACCGCCAUGCUUUGCGAGAAGGGACAUCUGAUCGACGAGUCUGUGAUCUCAUCUUUCGUGGAUUUCUUGCUGUGCCUUGUGGAGUACGCUCUGACUUCAAGUCCUGCAAAGUUUGCUCUAGACGAUCUGUGCGACGCAGUCCGAGGAGCGUUCGCGAUUUUGCCCGGAGGCCUGACGCAUGUUGUCGACCAGUACAUGAACAUUUUGACAUGUUGGUGA